AGAUGUGGUCAACAAAAAAUACAGUUCGACACAUUCGACAGUACAUUUGACGUUUACUUUUUUUAUUUAUGUAUUUGUUCUCCAUGCAUUAAGUUUAUUGCUGGAGAAAAUUACAUCUGUGUCCUUUGGUAAAUUAUAUACAGCCGGAAGUAUACAGAUGUAAAAGUUCGCAAAACUUUUAAUAAAAUGAUACUUAAAGCAAUAAUUUUUUUGUGUGUGAUAUUUAGUUUAAGUGAAACAUUAAGUAUAAGAAGUGCAGAAUAUGAGAAAUUCCUGGAAAAUCCAAGAUACCAAAACUACGAUGAGCUCACCAAUCUCUUCAAAAAGCUGGAAUCCGAACAUCCUGACUUGGUAAAAUUAAGAUCUGUGGGAAAAUCUGUAAGAAAUAGGGAUUUGUGGGCUUUAGAAAUAAAUUCUAAUGUCCAAAACAGGACAUUGUUAACACCAAUGUUUAAAUAUGUUGCUAAUAUGCAUGGGGAUGAAGCCAUAGGAAGACAGUUGAUGAUUUACCUGGCUCUCUAUUUAAUUCACAAUUAUGGCACUAAUGAUAGGGUGACCAGAUUGGUUAAUUCAACUGAUAUUUAUUUAAUGCCUUCAAUGAACCCUGAUGGUUAUGAAAAUUCAGAAGAGGGCAGAUGUGAAUCUAAAAAACAAUAUGUUGGAAGAGAAAAUGAAAAUAGUGUUGAUUUAAAUAGAGAUUUUCCAGAUCAGUUUGAUGCUACAAAAGCAGGAACAAUUCUGUCUGGUAGGCAGCCUGAAACGAUAGCUAUGAUGACUUGGAUUAUUUCCAGACCAUUUGUUUUAUCUGGAAAUUUGCACGGAGGUGCAGUAGUAGCUAGCUAUCCGUAUGAUGAUUCUAACUCUGGUCGAAGAUGCUGUGUAGAGAGUAGAUCACCAGAUAAUAAUAUUUUCAAAACGUUAGCAUUAAACUACGCUCAAUCGAAUCCUGUGAUGAAAAAGGGUAAUGCUUGUAAAGACGAUACAUUUGAUCAGGGCAUCACAAAUGGUGCUUUUUGGUAUGAAGUGAGAGGUGGCAUGCAAGACUUCAACUACGUUCACUCCAACUGUUUCGAAGUAACUUUUGAACUGAGUUGCUGUAAAUUUCCGUUAGCCAAAACUCUACCUCAGGAAUGGGCAAACAACAAGGAAGCCCUACUAACUUUCAUGGAGUCAACACAUUGGGGCGCUAAGGGAUUGGUUAGAAACGAAAACGGUGACGCCGUUUUGGACGCCGACGUAGUGGUUGUGGGUAUUACACAUAACGUCACUACAUCCAACCGUGGAGAAUAUUGGAGGUUGCUUCUACCCGGACGUUAUCAGAUGUAUGCAGUAGCUUUUGGAUAUCAACCAUCGGAGACGGUGAAUGUGACAGUUGAAGAAGGAAAAACUGUGAUACAACAUUUUGAAUUAAAAUUACACACUCCACAAUCAGAUAAUUAUAUGAGUCCAGAUACUGUUAACAGCACAUCUGACAAAUAUGGUUUUAUGAUACCGGAUGAUAAAAUCUUCAAACAUCACCAUUACGACGAGAUGAUUAAAUUUAUGGAAAGUUAUAAUAAUACUUACAGCUCCUUUACUAGGAUGCAUUCCAUAGGAAAAACUGUUCAAGGAAGAGAUCUUAUGGUAUUCGUGAUUGGAAAUACACCAGAUCAUCACGUGGCCGGAAAACCAGAAUUUAAAUAUAUUGCCAAUAUUCAUGGAAAUGAAGUAGUUGGUAGGGAACUGUUAUUAUAUUUAAUAAAAUAUAUAUGUGAAAGAUAUGGCGCCGAUGAAAGGAUUACGAAAUUAGUAAAUACUACAAGAAUUCACAUUCUACCCAGUAUGAAUCCUGAUGGUUAUGAAAUAGCAAAAGAAGGUGAUGGAUCUAGUUUGGUAGGUAGAAACAAUGCUAACGAUUUUGACUUAAACAGAAACUUCCCGGAUCAAUAUGGCGAAAAUCAGUAUAACAGAGACCCUCAACCGGAAACAAAAGCUGUGAUGAACUGGGUCCUAUCUGAGCCAUUUGUAUUAUCUGCCAACCUUCACAAUGGCGCCCUUGUGGCAAAUUAUCCGUUUGAUGAUACUCCCAAUAAUACAGCUUUAGAAAAUGUUUCUCCCGAUGAUAAGUUAUUCAAACAUCUAGCUUCAACGUAUGCAAACGCUCACAAAACCAUGCAUAACGGUGUCGCAUGUCCUAUGUUCCCGAACGAGACAUUUACAGGAGGUAUCACAAAUGGAGCAAAAUGGUACUCAAUCACGGGUGGUAUGCAAGAUUGGAACUAUUUAGUGGCUGGAUGUAUGGAAGUUACUUUGGAAAUAGGUUGUUAUAAGUAUCCACAUGCUAAAGAUAUGCCGCAAUAUUGGUUGGACAAUAAAGAAGCUUUGCUGUCUUAUAUGGAAGAGGUUCAUAAAGGCGUAUCAGGUUAUGUGACCAGUACAAUUGGAAAUGCGAUCGAACAUGCGGAAAUUAUAGUGGAAGGUAUAGAUCACGUUGUUAAAUCCUCUAAGUUUGGAGAUUAUUGGAGGUUGUUGUUGCCAGGAAAAUAUAAUUUAACAGUUGCAGCAAGAGGAUAUGAAAGUUAUACAUCUGAAAUAGUUGUGCCAGAGAGUGGUUAUGUUCAGUACAAUGCUACUUUAAUGAAAGAUGACCCUUCGCAUUGGGCAAGCGGAUACGAUUUCGGUAUCCUCGAAAACCAGUUCCAGCCAAAAUAUCAUACAAGCCAAGAAAUAAAUGAAAUAUUAGCAGGUAUGGAAAACCGAUAUCCGGAAGUUGCAUCGUUCCAAGGGGGAGAUAAUUUAAUUUCUAUUUCCAUACAUUCACUGAAAAUCUCAAAAGAAGUUGAAAAUUAUAACGAAAACAAAUUCCAUAUAGCCGUAGUAGGAAAUUUGUUUGCAACUCAACCUAUCGGCAGAGAACUAAAUGUUUAUUUAGCAAGGCACUUGUUAGAAGGAAACCGAUUCCACGAUGUAUUAAUAGAAAAAAUCCUAUCAAAUGCUGUGAUACAUAUCAUACCUGUUAUCGACAAAGCGUUCGAGAAAAUUUGGGGUGUUUAUGAUAGAGAAUCUCUAGGAGUCACUAAACCAGAUAAAUUUUUAUGUAAUGAUAUUUCUGCAGAUUUUAGGCAAGUCGGUGAGCAGUUAUUGAAUUUUAAGGGAAGGGACAGCAACAAUCAAGAUACUAAGAGCGUUGCUAAUGCCUUUAAACACUUCUUAUUAGAAGAAAAAGUUGAUUUGGUGUUAAAUAUAGAGGGAGGUUCUAGUGGACUUUUGUAUCCGACUACUCAAGAUCAAGUACAAAUAUACAAGUCUUUAGCGAAUCAAUAUACGUCAAGUUUAAAAGUACCCAGAAAUUGCAUAUCUACUAAUAAAGGAACUGAUGCCUUACUAACCGAAUUUCUCUACCACGAGUACGGCAUUCCUAUGUUAACUGCGAAAGUUAGUUGCUGUGACUAUCCCUUUAUUGCCAAUAUUCCGUUUGUAUGGAGAGACUCUUUGGAACCUCUUAUGAGGGUUCUUUCUUCUACACUAACAGGAGUGAAAGGUGUCGUAGAAAAUAAAGGAGGAGAACCAAUGAGGAAUGCAUCCAUAAAAUUAGCAGGGGUUUCUCAAUUCUACGAAGUUUCGAAAAACAAUGCCACAUUUAAAAUGAUUUUACCGAAAGGAAAUUAUACUCUGGAAGUAUCUUGCCAUGGAUAUGAACCACAAAACAUAUCGGUUUCUGUUGCCGAUCAAAAUAUUACUGUUCUUAAAGUUGUGCUGGAGACCCUCAAACAACUAGCUGCAAACCAACAAGCCACGGAGUCAGCAAAUAAAGAAAUUCUUGAUGUACAUUUAGAUGAGAGUUUGCACCAACCGUUUACUGGAAACGUUGCCACUGGCAUACGAGGCUACGUUUCGGAUUAUUCCAACCAUCCUGUAGUUAAGGCAAAAAUAACCAUACCUGAGAAAAAUUUAACGGUUUCUGUUGAUGAAUCUGGAAAAUAUGGAAUUCCUUUACCAGCUGGUAACUACACCGUUAGAUUUGACGCUUUAGGCUUUUACCCGGACGUAAAAUUAGUAGGUAUAAGCGCUGCUAGCAAUUUGCCAACAGUUGUAAUGGUUAAGUUAAAGGUUAAUUCAACUUUCUAUGGAAUUCCACGCUUGGCUUUUGUUUUCAUAUUAGGUUUUGUUGGUAUCGUGAUAUUGAUGUUAGGACUGGCAUGUUACAAAUCUUGCAAAAGGAAAAAUGAUUAUGGACCAAUUUCCCAGCAUAGUUUUUAUGAAGAUUUUAAAUAUGAUUUGAGAGAUGAAUCCAAAGAAGACGAAAUAUUUAGGACACCUCUAAAAAAACCAAUAUUGAGACCGUACUACGACGAAGAUGAAGAAAGCGAAGCAGAAGAAGAGGUGCAGGAUAAACGAUAUUCACUAGAUGAUAAUUAUGUUGACACCGAUGAUGAAGUAGUACUUUUACAGCAUCCUUAGUUUUUAAAACGAAAGACACAUACCAGUGUGAUAGGAUUAAUUGUAAACGCUAGAUUUGUGUGUAAAUAUUUUUUAAAAUUCAAAAGUUUUUAUCGCAAAGUGUAGACGUACUGAAAUACUAAUAGGUACUAAUAUAUAAAGUAUAUGCAGUAACCAAGGCUGGAUAAACUUAAAUAUGUCGAAUAUACUAAAGAGCAA